GUCUUGCUUGCGUGUUGCACAAAAACCACUCUUCUCAUCACUCCGCGGCACAGCGUGAGCGCUGAAUAUUCAGUAUCACAAUGUUUUAUCGGAUAAUAUCCACAAGUGGAACCUCGAAAGGUAAUCGAGAAACUCAGCCAUAAACCAGAGUGGCGUAAUAAGGGAUGCCCAGUAACGUACUUGAUUGCUUUCCAUAGAUUGAAGCAUUUCCCCUCCAUUUGGCGACAUGGCCUUCGAGUGCUGACCUCGAACAAGGUGCGCUGGAGUUUGUCUUUAAUGGUGGAUACAUGGUUCUGUCAUCGGCAUCAGUCAUUGUUCGGUACGAUAUUCAUAAACCCAUUUCUGGAAAGUUGACAGGUUCCACCUGUUAGAGGGCGCAUGCCACCAACGUUAUCCUGUGUGGUCAACCUGUGGUACUCAUGCUCUCCAGGCUUUCAUACAGAUCGGUAGCUGCGUAAAGUGCUCCAUGCCUUCGCCCAUGUCAGGUGGUAACGGUUCUAUAACACGAGGAAACCUUAGACAUUACGUCCUUCUGACUUCCUUCCGAACUUCUCGGCGGUUAUCCUCGCGACUGCGCGAGAACAACAACGAUUGACAUAAGUACCUAUCGCUGGACAUAGACCAGCACCCUGCUUUCCCCGUACUAUCGUCCCACUACCCUCACUUUUUGUCGACAUGAACAGUCAACAGGAUACCAAUGGUUCCAUGAAUCACGCCAACGCCGAUGAGCUUAGGCAAACACGGUCUGUUGAAGAUGUCAUCCUCAUUGCCGUUAUGGGGGCGACUGGUACUGGAAAGUCAACUUUCAUCAACCUCGCCAGUGGGAUGAACCUUGCAGUCGGAGAUGAUCUCAUGUCUUGCACAUCAGAGGUCACAUACUCCCAUGAGUUCAUCCUUGAUGGACGUCGUGUCAUUCUCAUGGAUACACCUGGUUUCGACGACACGACCGUCUCCGAUACCGAUAUCCUUAGAAUGAUAUCUCUUCACCUUCAUACAACCUAUGAGCACGGCGUCAUCUUGAGCGGAAUCUUGUACCUGCAUCGCAUUUCUGACCCUCGGAUGGGAGGUAUCACACGAAGGAACUUCACUAUGUUUCGAAAGCUCUGUGGAGAUGAAACUCUGAACAAUGUCCUUAUUAUCACCACCAUGUGGGGUCUUGUCGAUCCGGAGAGAGGCGCAGCGCGCGAGAGACAACUCAGGAGCGAUGGCAUCCUCUUCAAGCCUGUCCUCGAGAGUGGCGCUCAUAUGAUUAGACAUGACAACACUCCUAAAUGUGCCCAAGAUAUACUUCGCAUGAUCAUGAAGAACCGUCCUCAAGUUCUGCGUAUUCAGCGGGAGUUGGUCGAUGAACAGAAGGAUAUCAGCCAGACUGGUGCUGGUGCUGAACUUGGACGUGAGUUUGCAGAGCUAGCAAAGAAACACAGGGAGGAGUUGGAGGCGAUUCGAGCAGAGUUGGAGGCAGCUCACAGAGCAGACACGCAGACGAGGAAGGAACUCGAGGAGUGUCGCAAGCAACUGCAAACAGAGAUGGAGAAGGCCAAAACGGCUCAUGAACACUUGUCGCAAAUGUAUGCUCAGGAGAAGAAGCAGACCAACGAACGACUUGAGCUGUUGAGACAGGAACUCGACGCUGAGAAGGCGGCAGGUGUUGACAGGCAGAAGGAGCUCCGACAGCUCCAGGCACAGCUCGUCAGGAACACCCCACCACCCGCUGAGAGUCCUGAACAACUGCUGGCGGCUGGCUUGAAAGGAAUCGACAUGGCAAGUGUGAAAGCGAUCUGUGAAACAGAUGUUCGAAAGAUAGAUAGAUGGCCAGCCAAUUAGAGCGGCGACGAUACAUGUACAUCAGACUCGAUGACCUUCAUACGGGUAUACAACGCAUCCCUCACCGAGAAAGUUCAAAUCAACCAUGAUGGAGCCUCACAUUUUGCUUCUGCCUCAUAAACGCAGAGGACAGUUCGAUGUGCUGUGGUAGAAGUGUUAAUGACAACCUGUGGUAGUAAAUCAGAGGUUCAUGUAACGGGAUCCGCAUACUGAGAGUACUAUAUACACGUAUCAAUAUCUGGU